UCGAUAACGAGUCCACGAUGACUGUCCGUCGCAAUGCUGGUCUUGAAUCCAACGAUGCUGACGGAGGGAUCGGCGUCAUAGGCGAAGGUGUCGUGCGCGGAGAAUUGCAGCCGCUCUUGCACGCCGCGGAAGGCGUCGGCGAGCUCGGGCUGGAAUUCGCGCAGCUCGUCAAGCGGCGUGCGCAGCGAUAG